AUGGCUGUAGCACGCCCAAUUCGAGUCCUAGGCUUAUUAGCCAUAGGAUUAUGGAUGUUUUUCUUAUAUCAAGUUUUUGGUCCACCAAAACCAGAACUUGGGCCUGGAGAUACACUUGCCAAUAUAGAAAGAGAUCCUAACCUAGAUCCUACCGGAGAACCAGAAGGUGUGUUAUGGAGAGCCGAUCAGGGCUAUGGACCAGGCGCUGAGGGAACGAGUCGAAUCAAUGCCACUCUUUUAUCUUUGGUUCGCAACGAAGAGGUUGAUGGUAUGGUUCAGGCUAUGCGAGAUUUGGAAAGAACAUGGAAUCACAAGUUUAAUUACCCGUGGACAUUUUUCAAUGACGUACCAUUCUCAGAGGAGUUCAAACGUCGAACUUCUGCAGAAACGAAGGCAGAAUGCAGAUAUGAAGAGAUCCCCAAAGAACAUUGGGAAAUGCCCUCAUGGAUCGAUCCAGAGCUUUUCGAAGAAUCGGCAAAGAUACUGAAGGAGAAUGACAUUCAAUAUGCCAGCAUGGCAUCUUACCACCAGAUGUGUCGAUGGAAUAGUGGUUUAUUCUACAAGCAUCCAGCCAUGGCAAAUAUGCAGUUUUACUGGCGCGUCGAGCCAAAAGUCCAUUUUUUCUGCGAUGUCGACUACGAUGUGUUCAGGUAUAUGCAAGAUCAAAACAAAACUUACGGAUUCACCAUCAAUCUUUACGAUGCGCCUCAAUCAAUUCCAUCCCUAUGGCCCGAAACCACAAAAUUUUUAGCCGCACAUCCAGAGUACAUACACGAGAAUAAUGCAAUGAAUUGGGUUACAGAUAGUGCGCGCAGACCAGAACAUAAUCGGAAUGCAAACGGCUACUCUACAUGCCAUUUCUGGAGUAAUUUCGAGAUUGCCAACAUGGAUUUCUGGCGCAGUCAAGCAUAUGAGGAUUACUUCAACCAUUUGGAUCGUGCGGGAGGUUUCUUCUAUGAGCGAUGGGGAGAUGCCCCAGUUCAUAGUAUUGCCUUGGCACUUUUUGAAGAUUCGAGCAAAAUUCAUUGGUUCCGUGAUAUCGGUUACCAGCACAUCCCUUAUUUCAAUUGCCCCAAUUCGCCAAAAUGCAAAGGUUGCCAGGCGGGACGAUUCACAGACGGAGAAGCUUGGCUACACAAGGAGGAUUGUAGGGCAAACUGGUUCAAAUAUGUCGGUAUGGGCUGA